AUGCUCCAUUUAAAAGUGCAGUUUUUGGAUGAUUCCCAGAAGAUUUUUGUGGUUGAUCAAAAAUCAUCUGGAAAGGCGCUCUUCAACCUGAGCUGUGGCCAUCUCAAUCUUGCUGAAAAGGAAUAUUUUGGAUUAGAAUUCUGCAGCCAUUCUGGAAAUAAUGUUUGGUUGGAACUUCUGAAGCCCAUAAUGAAGCAAGUCAAAAAUCCUAAGGAGGUUGUUUUCAAAUUUAUGGUGAAAUUUUUCCCAGUGGACCCCGGACAUCUUCGGGAAGAACUCACAAGGUAUCUUUUUACUCUUCAAAUAAAGAAGGAUUUGGCUCUGGGAAGGCUUCCAUGCAGUGACAACUGCACAGCUUUAAUGGUGUCGCACAUCUUACAAUCAGAAUUAGGAGACUUCCAUGAAGAAACAGUUAGGAAACAUCUGGUGCAAACACAGUACUUACCAAGCCAAGCCAGUUUAGAGAGCAAGAUCAUGCAAUUUCAUCAGCAGCACAUCGGCCGGAGCCCAGCUGAAUCAGACAUUCUGCUACUGGACAUAGCAAGGAAGCUGGAUAUGUAUGGCAUCAGACCGCAGCCCGCCAGUGAUGGUGAAGGGAUGCAGAUUCACCUGGCUGUUGCUCACAUGGGAGUAUUGGUGUUACGGGGAAACACAAAGAUUAACACUUUCAACUGGGCUAAGAUUCGCAAGCUGAGUUUUAAGAGAAAGCAUUUUCUCAUCAAACUUCAUGCUAAUAUUUUGGUGCUGUGCAAAGACACUUUGGAGUUCACCAUGGCCAGCCGAGAUGCAUGCAAGGCUUUCUGGAAGACUUGUGUAGAGUACCAUGCUUUCUUCAGGCUCUCUGAAGAGCCCAAAUCAAAGCCCAAAACAUUACUCUGUAGCAAAGGUUCCAGUUUCCGCUACAGUGGAAGAACUCAAAGGCAACUUUUGGAAUACGGGAAAAAGGGGAGAUUAAAGAGCCUGCCGUUUGAAAGGAAACAGUACCCAUCUCAGUAUCAUGAACGGCAGUGCAGAUCAUCACCAGACAUUCUCUCUGAUGUGUCAAAACAAGUGGAAGAUCUGAGACUGACAUAUGGCAGCAGCUACUACCGAAAUGUGAAUGGGGUGCACGCAUCUGAGUCUAUGCUAGACAGUAGGAGGAGGAACUCUGCAGUUGAAGUGACCUUUGCAGCUGAGCUGGAGCAUUCUAAACCAGAGGCAGAGGCCACAUCGCUCCACCCAUCCCAAAGCAGUUCCUCCUUCACCUUCAUUUAUGCAGAUCCUGUCUUUAACACUGACCCCGAGCCCAUAGAUUUCUUUGAGGAACGGAGUCCUCUAAGCUCCUUCCAAACAACCUCCACAUUUGCGGAUAGUCACACAAGCAAAGCGAGUCCAGCAAGGCAGCUAACGUACACCGAUGUACCCUACAUUCCUUGUACUAGUCAGAAGGUUGAUAUUAUGCCUCCCCAAGUCUUUUUUUAUGUGGACAAGCCACCCCAGGUACCCAGACGGUCUCUGAUCAUGGCAGAGGAAAGUAUGAGACCAGACAGCUAUGUAGAUCACAGUGCAAUAAAACCAGCUAAAAGGAGCCCAAGGAAUAUGAGGAUAAAAAGCUUACAGCAAGACCUUCAAGAACUCCAAGAAGCUAUGGCUAGAACUAGUGGUAGAAGCAAUAUCAAUGUAGAGCCAGAGGAGGAAGAUCCACAUUUAGAUGAUGCAUUUGCAUAUAACCUUCAAGAGCAAACUCCUAAACGAUCUCAUAGCCAAUCAGACAUGAAAACUAUCCGUUUUCCUUUUGGGUCAGAAUUUAGACCUUUAGGACCAUGUCCUGCUCUGACUCGUAAAACCGAUCUGUUUGCAUGUACGUUUGCAGAGCAGGAGUUCCCAACAGUCCUAAUAGAUCAGAGCUCAGCAGAAAGGUAUGUAGCUAGUGAGUCCAGUGAUUCAGAAUCAGAAAUUAUUAAGCCAGACUACUACUUUUUGUAUGGCAAAGGAACAAAGUCACCCAGGGCCCGAAUCCGCUUGUCGUCUGGUAGUCUGCAGCUAGAAGAAGAGGAUGAAACUAUUUCUUUUGCGACACCAGGUGCUGAAGAUAGGACUUUGCUAAAGCCAUGCAAUUAUUUCUUAGCUUAAAAGAGUGACUCUGUGAAUGUUCCUGGCCCAGUUCUCUGUCUUACCUUAGGUAAGACAUAAGAAGCCCUUGUGAUCCAUCUUUUCCUUAGUCAUCUUAAUUGAUGGUAAGAUGGUAUGAAAGAUCAAGCUGCAGCCUCUUUCCAUGAGCUUCUUUCUUUUAUUUCCUCCAAAAAGACUCGGAACCAUGCCUUCUUCUCCCCAGCACUAUGGCAGUGCAAUGGCAGUGGAUGCCAUACCACUAUACAUUUCCUUGGGCAGCCAUUAUUAGUGAAGAUUCAUUCUUCAAUGGCAAAGAACGAUGAUGUGGGUUGGUGCAUGGGACUGGCUUCUAAAACCACCUUGUGAUUUAGUAGUCCAUGACUAUGUUGGUUAUUUUUGUGAUUAGGUAACUUGUUUGGGACCCAGUGAACAGUCUUGUUAUAUACUGAGUGUCAAAAUUUUUAAACAUAUACAUAGGUGAGUAGCAUAAAUCCUCUCAGCACAACAUGUUAAGAAUCAAUAGAGGAUUUAACAGAUUUCUCAAUGCAGGAAAUUCAUGGAUUAGGCCCAUUUCUCAAGUGAACUGUGUGCCUGAUGAGGAUAUUAGGGUGUUUGACUUCUGAUUUCUCUUAAUUACUUAUUAUAUAAGGUGUGAUCAAUGUUAACAGGCAAGCUUGUUUAUUAAUUUCUCCUGCCAGAAUUUAUUUUUUGCCGUAAGUUUGUUGCAUGCAUGUAGGCAAGGAUAUGAGGUGUGAUUUUAAUAAAGAGUAGUGGAAAAUCCACUCAAACAGAAGUUAUGAAUAUGGCCUUCUUUUUACUUUAACAAAAUCCAGAAGGAGUUGGUCCUGGCCUAUAUCUAACAAGACAGAGAAUGGAAAAAGGACAGAGUCAAGGGAAAAAAGUAUGGUCAGGGGUGGAGAAGUGGCAAUAGGCGUGCCCGCUAUGAAAAGUGGCAGCAACCACAUCAGACUCAGACAGAGAAACAACAUUCUCUUGUGUGGUUGUUGUUUUGAAUUUUUACCAGGAGCCAAGGCUGGACUCCAACUCAUGAUCCUCUUGCCUCAGCCUCCUGUGUGCAGGAGGGGGGGGGUGUUCCAGUGAUGGACUACAGUGUUAAACUCAAUUUGAGUCCUCUAAAAAAUGCUAAGUGCAUGAAUAUUUAACUGAAUGCAUGAAUAGACACCACAUGCAUGCUUGCUGCCCAUAGAAGCCAGAAGAUGGGGUGGGGUCCCCUGGAAUGGGAGUUAGCAGACAGUUGUGAACUGCCAUGGUGGCAUCGGGAACCCAACCUAGGUCUUCUGUUGACGUGGCCAGUGGUCUUAAGCACUAAACAAUCUCUUAGCCCUCAAAAUUCCAUUCUUGACCCAUUAAACAUUUGCCUAUCAGUCCUCUUGGAAGACUACUGAAGAACCUUGUUGAUAAUCUUAAGUCAACAUAUUUUGAAGACCAUGUUAAGUGUAAAUGUCAAAGAAGUGAAUUGAUUACAUAAACAAGCAAUUUUAUGUGUAAUUUGAUAAGAAAAGGUAGACUAUACAAUUCUUUUGUCUCUACAUCAGUAAAAAAAAACUUUAAUAUUCCUUAUUCCACUCCCUUUUUCUCUUCCUGGACACAAAUUCACUAAGAGAGUGUAGAGUGUAGAGUAGCUAUUUCAAACUAAGAAUACACUGAAGCUUGACCACUUACACAUAAUUUCUGUAGGUUCUUACUUUCUAAAAAAAAAAAAAGUACCUGCAAUCUUUCCCCAGGAGAAACUCAAAAUCUUGCGAGUUAGAUGCUAUUUCUCCUCUUAUUUUCAUUUGAAAACUUUUGCUAAAUGUAUAUUUUCCUUAAGAACUAUAAAGUUCAAAUCUGUAUAUGAUCUUUUAUUAAAAUAGUAAUUAGGGGGAUCAUUAAAUUAGCCAUCUGAAGACAUUUUUUAAAGUACUAUUAAUAGUUUUAUGGUAGGAGGAAGAAAUCAGGAUAUAUGUCUUCAGCUAUAUAAAUACAGCCAAUUCUUAGUAACUUUUAGUUUCAAUGGAAGCCUUGGUUAUGUUCCAAUAAUAAUGAAAAGAACUAUUAUAAAUUAAUUAGAAUAACAUAUCAGACCCACCCUCAAGAAAACAAACAUCGAGGAUCAUAAAAUUUAAAUAUUUAUUUUUAAAAUCCCCCAAACAGUGACAUAUGCUUCACAUAGAAACAGGUCUUCAGAACUAACGCUAUAAUGAGUAAGCAAUACCAGCUGUAUUUGGGAUGCAGUUGUGUGGUACAGUUUUCCAUAAUCAAUUUAUGAACUUGUUUUUACUUUCACAAAAAUAUGAAUGUCACACAUUAUUCAAGUCACACAAUUAUUUUUAGAGCACUAUGGAGAACAAACUGUAAUUGAAUGUCAUUUACAGCAUGGACGGACGAAAAAACUAAAAAACUAACCAACUCAUCAAUUCAAGGUACAGUUAAAGCAACAGGUAUAGGAUAGGCACCAACGAAAAGAAUUUUCUUGGCAUACAAUGUUCCACCUUUCAAAUGUUUGUAUUUCUUUUUUAAAAGAAGGGAUGUAAUUGACAUUUCAAUUAAAAACUGCAUUGGCUACUUG